AGUAGAAUGGCAUCAAGUAUUAGUUCAACCUCUCCAAAAUUUAUUAUUAACGAAAAUUACAAAAAUAAUGAAUUCAAAAAUAAAAUAAUUUCAAUACUUGAAGGAAAUCAUGAAGAUUCUCACCCAUUCCCUCAUUUUCAUCUCAAAGAUUUUCUCACAAAUUUAUCAUUGGUUAAAGAUCUCAAAAACGAAUUGAAUUCUGUUGCUUGGAUACCAAAAAGUAAUGAUCUAUUAUCUUUAAAUCAGACUGUUGACAUUGCCAAUUUACUUGAAGAACAUUACCCGAUUUUAUACACUUUUCGUCAAUUUUUGAUUAAUGAUGUAAGGAGAUGGCUUAUGACAAUGACUGGUGUUCAAUUAGGCGAAAAGUUGGCAUUAACCGGAUCACGUUAUUCAAGUGGGGAUUGUUUGUUGACACAUGAUGAUAAACUUGAGGUUCUUUUUAUUGGUUUUGCAAAAUAUUCCGGCCUUUUUAAAUCGAAUACUCCUAAUUGUUAG